CCCGCAACCCCAAUGGGCGGUCGCGACGAAUGGGGAGCGGCGGCGGUGGUGCACGUAGCUCUCCCAAGAUGGCGGCCUCUCUGGAUAGAGCUGCGAGAGAAGCUGUGGGGCUGGGGGUGGCAGGCGGCCUCUGAGGGCGGCGGCCGGGGCCUGGCAGCGCUCACCUCGGCUCCCCGCGGGGUGACGGGGAGCUUUCCGCGCUGCCGCAGGCUUCACCAUGCUGCGGGGCUAGAGCCACCGACGCGCCGCAGCGCAGCGGGGUAAUAAUGUUAGCAGAGACCAGUCUUUCCAUAUGGGGAUGGGGAAGUCUUGGCCUUGUGCUUUUUCUAGUAACUUUUGGACCCUUCGCUAUAUUUUACUUUGCAUUUUAUAUCCUCUGCUUUGUGGGUGGGGGUUUUGUGGUUACUUUUUUAUUUGGAAAAAGCAACUCAGAAAAAUAUCUUGAGCAGUGUGAACAUUCAUUUCUUCCUUGUACAUCAGUUGGGAUCCCUAAGUGCGUAGAAGAAAUGAAACGUGAAGCCAGACCAAUUAAGAUUGACAGAAGACUGACGGGUGCGAAUAUAAUUGAUGAGCCUUUGCAGCAGGUAAUCCAGUUUUCUCUGAGAGACUAUGUGCAGUAUUGGUAUUACACACUAAGUGAUGAUGAAUCGUUCCUUCUGGAAAUCAGGCAGGCUCUUCAGUAUGCACUUGUUCAGUUUUCUGCCAGGUCAAAGGAAACAGACUGGCAGCCUUAUUUCACUACACGACUUGUUGAUGACUUUGGCACUCAUCUUCGAGUUUUCAGAAAAGCUCAGCAAAGAAUAGCAGAGAAAGGUGAUCAGUUGAAAGAUCAAGCUGAGGAACUUGUAGAUACCUUCUUUGAGGUUGAAGUGGAAAUGGAAAAAGAAGUCUGUCGUGAUCUAGUCUGUACUUCUCCCAAAGAUGAAGAAGGAUUCCUAAGGGAUCUGUGUGAGGUUUUACUGUAUAUAUUGCUACCUCCUGGAGACUUCCAGAACAAGAUCAUGCGAUACUUUGUCAGGGAAAUCCUCUCCCGAGGAAUUCUUCUUCCAUUAAUAAACCAGCUCAGUGAUCCUGAUUAUAUUAAUCAGUAUGUCAUAUGGAUGAUUCGUGAUUCCAACUGUAACUAUGAGGCCUUUAUGAAUAUUAUUAAAUUAAGUGAUAAUAUAGGAGAGUUGGAAGCAGUGAAAGAUAAAGCAAGUGAAGAACUUCAGUAUCUUCGAUCUCUAGAUACAGCAGGAGAUGAUAUCAACACUAUAAAAAAUCAAAUAAACAGUUUAUUAUAUGUUAUUAAAGUAUGUGAUUCAAGAAUUCAGAGGUUGCAGUCAGGAAAAGAAAUAGAUACUGUGAAGCUGGCAGCAAACUUUGGAAAACUUUGCACAGUCCCUCUGGACCAUAUUCUGGUAGACAAUGUUGCACUACAGUUUUUUAUGGAUUACAUGCAGCAGACUGGUGGCCAAGCACAUCUGUUUUUCUGGAUGACAGUGGAAGGAUACAGGGUUACGGCACAGCAACAGCUGGAGGUACUUCAAAGCCGGCAGAAAGAUGGAAAACAUCAGACUAAUCAAACCAAGGGUCUAUUAAGAGCAGCUGCAUUUGGAGUUUAUGAGCAAUAUUUAUCAGAAAAGGCAUCUCCGAGAGUUAAUAUUGAUGACAACUUAGUAGCAAAACUGGCAGAAACACUGAACCACGAAGAUCCAACACCUGAAAUCUUUGAUGAUAUUCAGAGAAAGGUAUAUGAAUUGAUGCUGAGAGAUGAAAGAUUCUACCCUUCGUUCAAACAGAAUGUGUUGUAUGUGCGGAUGUUAGCUGAGCUGGAUAUGCUGAAGGAUCCUAGUUUCAGAGGGUCAGAUGACGGUGAAGGAGAAUCAUUUAAUGGGUCUCCUACUGGCAGCAUAAAUCUGUCCUUAGAUGACCUUUCAAAUGUCCCUCUUGAUGAGACUCUUCAACUUCAUGCAUACAUCUCAGAUACUGGAGUGUGUAAUGACCAUGGCAAGACAUAUGCGCUGUAUGCUAUCACAGUCCAUCGGAGAAAUCCAAACAGCGAAGAGACAUGGAAGACAUACCGACGCUACAGUGACUUCCAUGACUUUCACAUGAGGAUCACUGAGCAGUUUGAAAACCUUGCAAAUAUACUGAAACUUCCCGGAAAAAAAACAUUUAACAAUAUGGACAGAGAAUUCUUGGAAAAGAGGAAAAAAGAUUUAAAUGCAUAUUUGCAGCUCUUGUUAAAUCCAGAAAUGAUGAAAGCUUCUCCAGCUUUAGCCCACUAUGUGUAUGACUUCCUGGAGAAUAAAGCCUACAGCAAAGGGAAGGGGGAUUUUGCACGGAAGAUGGACACAUUUGUAAAUCCACUGCGUAACUCUAUGAGAAAUGUAUCAAAUGCAGUCAAGUCUCUCCCUGACAGCCUGGCAGAGGGAAUGACUAAAAUGUCAGACAACAUGGGUAAAAUGUCAGAGAGAUUGGGACAAGACAUAAAGCAAUCAUUUUUCAAGGUGCCUCCUUUGAUCCAGAAAACCUAUUCAGAUCCAGACCAUUGCCGUGUUGCAGCACCAAUUGAUGACAAUGUGGAUGACAAUAUUCCACUGAGAGUAAUGCUCCUCCUUAUGGACGAAGUCUUUGAUUUAAAGGAAAGAAAUCAGUGGUUAAGAAGAAAUAUAAAAAAUCUGCUUCAGCAACUUAUUAGAGCAACAUAUGGUGACACAAUUAAUAGAAAAAUAGUUGAUCAUGUUGAUUGGAUGACAUCUCCUGAGCAAGUAGCAGAUGCAGUGAAACGCUUCAGAGAUGCUUUCUGGCCCAACGGCAUUUUAGCAGAGGCAGUUCCACGGAGGGACAAAGCUAUUAGAAUGAGGACAAGAGUGGCAGGGAAGACCAAAUUACUGGAGGUAAUGCCAGACGAAUUGAAGCACAUCAUCGGCGCUGAGACUACACGGAAAGGCAUUCUUCGGGUCUUUGAAAUGUUCCAGCACUCUCAGCUGAACAAGAGAAUGGUGUACGUGUUUCUGGAGAGAUUCCUAGAAACCUUAUUUCCACAAAAUAAGUUCCCUGAGCUCUUCAGCAAACUUCAUUCACGGUCAAAGCAGAUGCAGAGGUAUAAGCAGAGACUACUUUCUACUCAAGCGCCUUCCUUACAGAAAAGGUGACACUUCAAACCUGCAAAGCUGGUGUAUGUUUGUCCAGGAUUAAUUACUUGGGCAGAUUCUCUGGGGCUUCAAACUCACAUGCUGUUAUUUCUGCACCAGUCUUCUAGUGUCACAUAUUAGAUUAUUAAUGCAUCUGUAAGACCUGUGGAUCUUCUCAUCUUCACUUGUAAUUCAACCACUACCAGAAGGGUUUGUGUGUUUUAAAUGAUUUGGUGCGUCUUCAUGCAACAUUGAGAGGAAUACUGGCCCAAUAUAUAAGAAUGCUGAUUCCUUCCUUUCCUGAGUCGAUGUUUUGCCAGCAAUGAAAAGUGCCAGACUGCUCAUGUAAAGCACAACUAUGGUGACACAAUAGAAGGAGAGGAAGUUUUGGCACUGGGAGAUAGUGCAAUGUGUGAGAAUCAGGUGGAAUUGUUCAACAUUAUGACUGUUGAGGCUCUGUAGGGCUCUCUUAACAUUCCUGUAAAGGCUGAGCUAACAGGAAAAACAGUCUCUGGAAUAGCAGGUUUGUAUGAGAGGGGAGAAAUAGUUAUAGCCCCAUCAUAAAAGUACAUUUAUUAAAGAAAAAUAGAGGCAAUGUGGCCUUUAUGCCCUAUUUACAACACCUUUCAUGUUUUAAACAAUAACAUAGAUCUAGUGGGAGGUUUUGUAAAGGCAGAGGUGCAGUAAAAACAAACCCUUUAUUUUGAUUAUUCUGUAGCUUAAGGGCCAUAUUGUGCUCUUACAGCACCUGGCAUAGAUAUUGCAUGUAACUUCAGUGGAGAAGUGGCAUCAUAUUUAUGUUCGGUUGACGUAUUUGAACAUAUGUCAAGUUGAUAGUAGUGGAAGAAAGGGGGUACAUGGUAAAAAAGAGGACAGACAUGUUAGAAGAUGAGGAAAUUGCAUUAAGACACAGUUUACACACGAAUCCCCACUAAAUUCUGAAACUUUUUUUGGAUGUGAAAGACUGUCCUACAUAAGUGAACGAUUCCUUACCUUUUAGUGUGUAAGCCUCGAAUGGAAAAUGUUAAAUUAUUUGGUUCCUCACAGGUAAAAGAUAUCAUUAGUCAUAUGCAAACACUUGGAAAAUCCAGAACGCAUCUCAGUGUAUAUAUGAAAAUAAAAAUGAAAUAAAACUGGAAUAUUUUUUUAAAUAUUUUUUUUAUUUUUUUGAUGUAAAAUUUUAAUAAAAAUUUGACAUCAAGGCCCCACAUCCAUCUGUUUAGUUUCAGUGAAGAAUUUCUGUCCAAUUAAAAAUAAAGUAACAACCAAAUAAUCCUGUUUGGCCACAGCGUAUCUCAGUUUGUGUUUUCCAUAGUCCCCUACUGUUUGAGCACCGUUAUCUGGAUAUAAAUAGGAAGUAAUCCUACAGAGUCCGGUACUUUUCUGAACGCUGAGCGCAGGGUAAGACACAGCAAUUGUUCAAGGAUCCUUAUAGCAAUUUGUGUCAUAAUGGGAACAAAUGAUCCUUUUACAUGAGGGAGGAGCCUAUUAUGAAAGCGUUCUAAGAGAAGACAAGAAGGCUCUCAAAGGACCUAGUUAAAUUGACUGAAGCCUCUAUGUAGAUCAUUUUUUCUCAUGGACUCUAAUGCAAUGUAGCCUUUUGUCAUACUACUUAAUGAUGAUCAUAUUGUACUGUUAACAUUCUCAUACAGUAUGCAUGGACUCAAGUGCACUUGUUUUUUUUUUUCUUUAUUGCAGAACUAAAUACUAUAAAUUAAAUCCCUUUCUUUUAUAGUCCCUAGGAGGAUGAGUUGGUUAAAUAUGUAAGAACCCUUCCCCCUUCCUCUCUGCAGGUUCUGUAGAAGUGUGUUGAAUUUAACACAUUUGUUGAGUUCUGUGUUAAGUAAUCAGUGUAGCCAGCUCCUGUUGUUUACAAGCCUGUAUCUUCCUCUAAUGUCAGGGUGCUCAAGCAUUCCUGGUAUCUGACUGAUGAAACAUCGUUCAGCAAUUGUUCUUGGCGAUAUAGCAAAUACAUCCUUGAGCCUACCAAAUCUUAUUUAUGGCUUUUAAAUCACUGAAUUUGUUAUGCAGUAUGAAAGCAGGAAGUUCAAAUACUGUUUUGUCAAAUCUGUGGAACUUUUUAUGUAUCUGUAGGUACCAUGAAAAAAUUCAAGAGAAUAGUGAUAAUGUGCAAAUUUGGGAUUUUUUUUUAUUAUCUGGUACAUUUCUAUUAAAAAAUAAAAUAAUAUCUCUAGGAAUGUGAAGUGAACAUAAUACACCAUGUUUAUUAGUUUUACUUAAUGAAUUUAUUACAUAUAUAUACCUAUACACACAGUUGUAUACCUAUGUGUGCAUAUGUAUAUAUGUAUUGAAGUUUUGUCUUCUGUAUUUAAUUACAAAAUGUGGCUUCCUAAUUCAGUGGUGCCUGUUGGCUGACAAGAAUAAUCAAAAAUUAAUCCUUUUUGUUAAAAAUAGUUUGUGUGUAUUUCUAUUUAAAUGGUUUUCCUGUUGACAGCUUAAAAUACCUACCCUGUCAACCGAAGCAGCCUCUUGUCCUAGAAAGUUUCUAAAACUGAAUGUUAAUAUACAGCACCUAAGUGUCUGGGUGUAUCUUCUGGCCUUUGGAUGCUGUGACUGGCUGCUGAAAAUUGUGCCAUUGUCAACAAAUGCACUUGUUUUAGCCUUAAUUAUUUUUAAGAGAAAACAAGCAAUUGAAUUUUCCAUUUGGUUCAUCCUCAAGCUUGUGCUGCUGGUGUUUGCUAGAACUACACAGUAAAUUUUAAGUGCUACCAGAAUGUGUACCAAAAUAAAAAUGUAUGAAUUCCACAAUCUAAAUUUUAAUUUUGUGCAAUAUUUUCAUUUACUGCAUGUGUAUUUGAAUAAUUGUAAAAUAAAUGAAUUUUUAAUGUUUUGAAGUCUAGGUUAAAAAUAUCUUCUCAGCUGAACAAUUUUGCGUUCUGUUGUUGCGUUAGUUUAUUUAAGGACUUGUUUUAAAAGUCUUAUUUGUUACUCCUUUGUUAAUUUUACCCUUGUUCUCAAUGAUCCUUGCUCGUUUGAGCAAAGCUCAUAUAUUACAAGGGAAAAAUCUAAAGAGCACAUCUCAUGAAUAUAGCUGUUAUGAAUUACUUGUGCAUAUCAUUGUACAGUAAGUGUCAGCUGUGUGCCUAAUCGUUCUAUUGAUGCUUUUUCCCUCCCUUUCCUCUUGUUUCUGUAACAAAGAAUGAACAGGAACCGGGCUGCCAUGGUCACUUCUACUGAAUGGCAGAAGACUUUUUUUUUUUUUUUUUUGGAGUUUGCAUUUAUGUUCUGUCCAAUAGAAAGCUAAAAAAUUACACUAAUAAAGUAUUAACAGGAUUA